AUGAGUUUUAAAAAUUUCCAACAAAUGAAUCAGUUUAUCAACAAAUACAAAUCUGAUGUUGAAAAGAUUAAAAAUGAAAAAACCAAUUCUGAAGAAUUAAUCUCCAUAAUGAAUGAAGUUUAUCAAGAGAACACUGAAGUGGAACUCGUUAAAAGUGAAAUUCCUAAAGAACUUAUUAGGAAAAGGAAAACGCAAAAGAAAAAUGCUGAAUCUAACUUCGCAGGUGUAAUUAAUACUUCUUAUUUUCAUAAUAAAUUAUUGAAUCAAAUACAGAAUAUUAUUAGAGCCUUUGAGAAUGACAAAAUAAAAGCCUAG